AUGCUUCAGGAGACUGAUUCCCCAAGUGAUGGGUUUUGCUCCUUCGUUCAGCAAGCAAAAUCUGCUAUAUGGAGGUUCUUCUUCAAUGUGACCGAGUGUCACAACUUGCCACAUGCGGCUGUAGAAAAGCUUUUUUCAGAACUGCACUUCGUUUUUGAGAUUGUGUUAAAGGCCUAUGCAAAUGAGAUUGUGCACUCCAUGAAAAUGCCAGAAGUACCAUCAGUGGUAAAUGAUCUAUUGACAUGUGAAUUUUUGCAUGACAUAUUCAAGGAUCUUAGUGACAAACGCAAGCGUGAGAGAUAUGCAAAGGAGAACUUUCCUUUUGUUGCGCCUGAGCAACAUAUAGUUGGCAAAAGUGCAAAGUAUCAUUAUGUACCUGUGCCAAAGCUUCUCCGUGCACUUUGCAAUGUUCCCGACAUUGCCUCUCAUUUCACAACUCCUAAGAUUGAACCGGGCGUGCCUGCUUUAUACAGAGACUACACUGAUGGUCUUCUAUAUAGAGAGCACCUACAAUCUCUCAUAUCAGAGAGCAGCACACAUACAAUUAUACUUUUGUUUUAUUCAGAUGAAAUUGAAGUUGUCAAUCCCUUGGGUGCUAAACGAGGUGUGCAUAAACUUCUUGCCGUGUACUGCUGCUUGCUGAACAUCCAUGUGAAGUACAGGUCUCAGCUUCACAACAUCUACUUGGUUUUGCUUGUUCGUGAUGCUUAUGUCAAGAAAUAUGGCUUGACUGCUGUACUGCAGCCACUCAUUGAUGACCUAAAGGAAAUGUAUGAUCAAGGGUUCAUGUUCAAUGUGGGGGGAGCCAUGAAACAGGGCCAAGUGCUUGUAUUCAGCUUCUGUGGCGACAAUCUCUCAAUGAAUCGUCUUGGGGGCUUUUCAUGUUGCUUCACUAGCGGCCGAAUUUGUCGAUUCUGCAUGGUCUCGGCAAAACAGUUAGCAGACUUGACAAGUGAAGCAAUGUGCCAGGUACGCACUGCCAGUCGACACCAGUCGCAUCUUCAAGCAAUUUCUGUUAACAGCCUUGUUAACAGACGUAUUUAUGGAGUAAAUGAGGUAUCAGCCCUGCUUCAACUCCCGUAUUUUGAUGUAACUCGCCAGCUACCACCAGACAUCAUGCACGACAUUUUGGAAGGUGGAGCAGAAUGUGUGCUGCGCCAGGUACUUCAAUCACUUUUGUCUAACGGCUUAGUCUCUAAGCAAGACCUUGAGGAAAUAUCCUCAUUCCAGUAUGGUCCUAGCGAUUCGAAAAACAAACCAGUGCAGAUAAACAUCUCCUUUAUCACCUGCAAUGCCACACUGAAGGGCACAGCAUCGAGCAAGUGGUGCUUGCUAAGAUUUCUUCCUUUAAUUCUAGGUGGCAAAAUUCCUGAGAACAAUGAUGACUGGGAAAUACUUCUAAAGUAUCGUGAAGUGAUGGACAUAGUAUUUGCUCCACAUAUUCCUUCCAGUCAGCUCGCAUACUUGGAUGUGCUUGUACAGACAUUUAUAACAGAGUUUUCUAGAAAAUAUGGCACGGCUGCACUCAUUCCGAAACUUCAUUUCUUGGUCCAUUACUCAAGGUUUAUUCGUGAAGUAGGGCCACUGAAGAACUUUUGGUCAAUGAGGUUCGAGGCCAAACAUCAAUAUUUCAAAAAAAUUGCAAUGGCAGUAAAGAACUUCAAGAAUUUGACCUACACCCUUGCAAUGCGCCAUCAGCUAAAGCUUAGCUACCAGUUGCACAGCUUCCAGCUUUAUGAAGGCCUCAUAACAGGACAAAGCAAGCCAGUAGUUUGGAGCACACUACCACAAUGUGCAAAAGAUGUCCUGCCAGAAACAGUUUUUCAAGUGAAACGUGCAACAAUUGACCAUUGCAGCUACAGUUGUGGAGCCGUACUCGUUGAGAAAAGUGGUGAUGCCCCUAAGUUCCACGAAAUUGAAGCUCUCUUUGUUGCAAAAGGAAGUCUUCAUAUUUUAGCGAGAGAUUUAAUAAUAGAGGGCUUUGAUCGACACAGGUUUUGCUACUGUGUCAAAAGGUCUAAUGAGCUUACGAUGCACACUCCUGCAGAUAAGUUUCAGUACCAUCUCCUCGACAUUUAUGGUGAUUGCAACAUCGUUCCUAAAUGGGAGACCUGGUGAGCCAAUUGUAAUGAUACCACAGCAUUUAUUCACCUUUGAACUAGCUCGUACAUUAGUUUGUAUUUUGUCACAAUUUUUUCUUAUCCAUAUGUACCUGAACUACACUUUUUUGAAAUGCCUAAUGAACAUACAUCAUUUAAAUGUAUAUAAUGGUGUGUGACUGCAUUGUUCUGUACUGUUUUGUGAUACUGAUGGCAUUGUAUCCUUGUAUAUGCCAAUAUAAUAAGUGUGGAAGCUGCAGUAUUGUGUAGUGUACUUUUAGUUAUGUUGCAUUGUUUCACUUUGUUAUUGUGUAGUGAAAUUUGUAUUAUAUGUGCUUACGUAUGUCUAACGCGCUCACCUGUGUUUGUACUUUAGUCUUUUACUGUACCUUCUCAAUAUUGACUAAUCCUGAAGCGCAGUGAUACCAAAGCUUGUGUUUUGUUAAUUGGUGCUUUAACCUUGGAACGGUGCAGCCUAUUGCUGU